AUGGCACGGAUUUCAGCAUAUGUGGACCGCGUGUUUCGAAGGUCGAAAAAGAGCAAAGGAACCGCAAAUGAACGAUCAACUGGGGUUGACCAGCCUGGUAUCACUACGACGAGCCCCGGAGACGCGCCCCUGCCCGCUAUGACGGUCUUUCCUGGCCCUGAGAACAAUACCAGGACGCAGUUGCCAGCCGAGUCAGUCACGACCCCCAAUUCGCCAACAACUUCGAUCACACUUGAGCAAACAACGACUAAGCCGCCAAUGGUGGAAGAAAAUGCCGACCGAGAGGUCCAGGUGGACCCUUGGACCCGGGCCUUUGAAUUGUUCCAAGAAAGAACUGACGAUCAAGAGCUCGUGUCCGCAUACACAGACCACCUAGGCUUUGUACAAGGCGAUGGUAGUGCUGGACCGGAUCUUUCGCGCAAAAGUUCUGUCGAAACCGUCGUGGAGAAACUUCUGGAGGAUCGAGAUCAAAAGCAGUGGAAGAUUACAAUCAUGGACCGCGACAUCAAGAUACGAUCACAACUUGAGAAACUUGCGAAAUUCCUCAGUUGGUCUGAUCCGGUCGUGAAGAGUGCUGUCAGUACUCAACCAUAUGCGGCGCUUGCAUGGUCCGGCGUAUCCUUAAUUCUGCCUUGGCGUCACACAAAACGCAGAUAUGCUGGAGGGGUUCAACAACACUGGGGACCUCCAGAUGUAUUGGCAAGUUUGCGAGCAGGAAUAUCUUGA